AUGAAAGGCCUGCUUGGCCUGAAGGAGACCCUGUCCAGGAAAUCACCACCGGGAAGCAAUUGGCCCUCAUGCAAUUACAAUCCGCCAGAGAAAUUGUCCGACGACGAAUUGGCAGCAUUGGCGGAUAUCGUUCGAGAGGAGAUGAUACGAUAUGAACAGCCUGAACAAGUCGUCAUGAUGCCACAGUAUGAAGUCGUCGAGGUCCCCGAUGAACUGCUGGAAGAUCAGGUGAUAGAGCCAUUCCCAAGGGAUCGAAGGGCAGUGGUACCAAUCGACUGGGCAGAACAAGCGAUGCAAGAGCCAGAGUACAUCGGAGUGCCUGACGAGGCUUUAAUCGAGGCUAUGAACGAUGAGCGAGACGAAGAGGAGUUGAGGGAGCGUAUCGCCGAAAUCGCUCAGAUCCUCAACGAACGGGCCACUCGACGAUCUCGACUAUUCUGA